AUGGGCAGAAGGGUAUACGUGUUCGGUUCAGCUGCCUACCUCACCGCUCUCGCCGUCACUGUUUUGAUAGUAUACUUGAUGAACCCUCCCGUCUCGGAUGCCAUCCAGGGAGCCUUCUUCGUGGCGGCCUUCUUCACUGGAGUGAUCUUCGGUGUCCUGUCAUUAGUCUUUGCAGACAUCACCGAAGGUUUUGGCUGCCUACUCGGUGGCUUCUGCCUAAGCAUGUGGUUCCUCAGCGUCAAGGACGGUGGCCUGAUCACUUCAGGAACUGGCCGUGCCAUCUUUAUUGGUUGCAUGUCAGCUGGAGGCUAUUCGCUUGCUUUCAGUCACUAUACACGUAACUACGGUCUCAUCGCCUCAAUCGCCUUCUCCGGAGCCACCGCUGCCAUCCUCGGUAUUGACUGUCUGGCUGGCUCUGGCUGGAAGGAAUUCUGGCUUUACCUCUGGAGUAAGUUGCCGUACGUGGUUCGCAGACUGUUACUGACCUCCGCAGACCUCAACGAUGACAUCUUCCCUCUUAACACUGAUACUUAUCCGGUCACGAAGAACAUCAAAGCCGAACUGGCCGGUGUUGUCAUCAUUGCAGUAGUCAGUAUCGUCUCCCAGAUGCGCGUUUGGAAGAUGGUCAAAGAGCAUCGUGUAAAGACCGCUGCUCAGCAACUCGAAAGACAGGCGGAUCAGGACCGCGAAGAGGAGGAACAAGGUCGCAUUGUCGAGGACAACUUCCAGAAAGAACGUGCUCAAUGGGAAGCCGCAUACGGUAACGGACAGAACGUACCCGAGGCCAGCAUCCGAUCUUCCACUUCAGAUCCCAAAGAUCUUACCCUUGUCCAAGAGAAGGAGGUCUCUCCCAACGACAGCGCGGUAACAGUCAACAUGCCAGCUGGGAUGAUGCAAUCUGCCAGUAACAACACCAAGUCCGGCGCGACCGUCACCGUUGGUGUUCUCGACGACGAUGCCAUUCAACAAAUCGAACCCGAAGCCCACGCUGCUGAGAACGAAAAGGCUCUUCUGAAGGCUCCAAAGGACGACUCAAAGCCUACUCUAGUAAAAAGCAACAGUCUACGCCCUACAGCUCCGCCACCACCUCCAGCAGUCGUCCCACUUCCAUUCAAAGUCCCCACCGAGGAGGAAGCGCACAGCGACAACGACAAUACAUCUGUGUCUGCUAUCCCCGAGACUGAUCAUGACGUCGAGGUACCCGGGCGCCUUUCGAAGCGCGUUUCUGACGUCUCAGCAAUGAGGCAACGUAUCUCCAGGGACAUCGCAGCUUCACAAGAGGCUUUGAUCGGAACGCGAGGUGAUGAAGACGACCGUGCUUCGUCUAUUGCCGCCACUCUGAACGAUGACCUCGAUGUCCUGUCCGUUCGUAGUCUAUCCCCAGUCGAAUCACCCAUCGGAACCGAGCACGACAACCCAUUCGAGAAGCCUGGACUCAAAAGACAAGAUUCUGACACUGUACCCGACCGGAAGAGCGUAGUGAACACGGUAGACGUAGUGAAAUCUCUCACGACUAGUACCGACCCAAAGACGGCAGACUCGCCCAAGGAACAGUCAUUCGAACGAAGGGCUGACACGGUCAUGUCCAGCUCCAAGGCCAGCAGCGAAAAAUAUUCCAAAUCUACGAAGUCUGAUGAACUGUCCCAAGGCUCACAAUUGGAACAAGGUGGAUCACAGGUUGGCAGUCCAACUGAGAACGUGAUGCCGGAGAAGCUGUCGAAAAUCGCCCUAUCCUACCGUACGAAUGAAUGGGCGAAGCAUCUUGAGACUGCUGAGAAGCCAGACUACGAAGACAUGUUUCUGCCCUCGUCACCCGGUGUCAUGCUAGCGGACGGAUCGGAAGAGAAGGCCACACCUGUCAGUGAUGAGCUUCUCUACGAGAGCAAGCGCGAAUCAAGAAGGAUGUCGACUGGCAGCAGGACGCAACGGAACAGCAGCCAGGGACUACGACGCAACACCUCGACUUUUUCUCAGGAAUCACUCGUCAACCAGCGAUCAUUGACCCACUCACCUUCCAUUGCUUCUCCCCAGGUCCUCUCCCGAUCCAACUCCGCCGUCAGACUCGACACUCUCUCGCCCCUCCCUAGCAACACCCUGCUGAGCAAGCGCGAGGGUCUCAUCAAAAACCGAGCCUCAGCUCUAACACUCAUCCCCCAAAUGUCUUCGCCCAACCUCUCCCAACGUGGCGACGAUGAAGACAUGACACUAGCCCAGCGCCGCCAACUCCUCCAGCAGCAACAAUUAUCGCCCUCCCUUUCCCAUCAGCCCUCCCUCCGCUCCCCCGGCCGAACACCCCCCUCAACCUCACAGAAGUGGCAGAACAAAGCCUGGGCCGCCAAAGGCGCCCCCACAGGUUUCGACUCGCACCAACCCAAGCGCUCCUCCAGCGCGCAGUCCGAGCAGAAGCGCGAACAACUCUACGCCGGAUGGCGCGACACGAUGCGCGACAUUGCGCCCCCGCAGCAGACCGCCGCCCACGUCGUUGAACAGCAGCGCGCAGCGCUAUUAAUGGAGCGACGCCAAAAGGAGCUGGAGAAGCAACAGCGCGAUAUGAUGCAACAGCAGCGUGCUAGCCAAAUGGACAGCAUGAUGCGCAGCGGCCAGAUGAUAGAUGCACACCGCGAGGCGAUGAGGAAGAUGCAGGCGAAUGCCAACCGACACACUUAG